AUGGACGACUGGCAGGACGCGGCAUUUUCGACGAGACACGUCCACAACCGAGUUGGCAAAUCCAAAGCUGGUAGAGGCCGGGGGCGUCGAGGCGGCGGGGCAUUCGAAGUAAAACGAACAUUCGGAAGAUACGAAGUAAAAUGCGCCAACGCGAAAAGAAUUGGCGAUCAGAUCAACACGGCCAAGAAUAAAGGGCAAGCUCUUCUACCCACUAUUGAGAUAUUCCGCCUUUCAGAUGAUGGCCGUGGCUUGCUGGGAAGACUAUGUUUGCCUGGUGUCCUCGACGCAAGCCUGGUCAUGACCGGAAGUAGGAAGACUCUCGAAGAGCUGGUUUCCGGCCUCGAGUCUAGGGAUGACAUCACAUCGGAAUCAGAAAUUGAGGAUGAGCCUGGAGAUCGGGUAGAAAACGAAGUUGAGUCCGGUGCUUCAGACGUGGAGCAAGAUGUGGAAAGCGACGACAACGCAGUUGUCUCGGAGACUGAAACCAAGGAGAAGAGAAGAUUCGAAAGUUUCGAGAAGAAUAGCUUCAGGUCACCCAAAUUCUGGUUCCAGUGGAAGGGUCAGGUGAAAUCGAAUGCGGAAUCGAGCAUGGCCAAGUCUAAUCCGGAAGGAAGUGAAACGGGCAGGGGAUAUGUCGUAUUUUCUGGAAACGACUGUCGUUCGUUCAAGGGCACAAUCACUGUGGAUGCCUUGCAGUGGAAGGAUAUUUCUUUAUCUGGGUGGAAGGAGAUGACAAUGUCUGAGAGGGACGUCGGCUUUGACUGGAAAUGA